UAAGGUAAAGAAGAUGAUGCAAGCCCAAGUUAUUUCUGCUGUCGUGAAUCCAAUAUCUAAAACAAUAAACUGUGGACAGAAAUAUAUAUUCGAUCUCGAAUAUGUUACUAAUGAAAGUCUGUGUGUUUCUGUUGUAAAUACGAAAGACAUCGCUUCUUUUCGUAAGUUCGACAAUGGUUCUUUUCGAUUUUUUUCUACUCGUGCCUCCUAUUUAUGUUUUGUGAGAUCUGGUGGUAUUGAGUAUUUCAUAUUUUCGGAAAACGGAUAUUUGUAUUGUUGGAAAGCUGGUAGUCAUGAACAAAAGCCUGUUAACUAUUGGUGUCUAGCAGAUUCUGAAUUAUGGAAAGGCUACGCACCUAAUGGAAUCGCAUCCUGCAAAUCAGGAGGAAUUUUGGUUUCUCUGUGGAACAAACAAAUGCUCGAACGUUCUCUAGGUAAAGUUAUCAAGCUGUCUCUGAAUGAUCAUAUUAUACGUUUGGAAAUAGAAAUCGACAAAAAUCGUCCACUCUUUACAUGUCCAACCUACAUAACAGAAAACGGUAAUGAAGACGUAUGCGUUUCUGAUGUGAACGCGGUAGUUGUCACUGACGCAGGAGGUUUACUAAGAUUUCGAUACAAAGGACUGUCAGAUGAUUCUCAGUUUGACCCCUACGGUAUCUGCAGUGAUUCUCAGAACAACAUUAUUAUAGCAGACAUGAUGAAAAACCGAAUUCAUAUGAUUGACCAAAAUGGCGAAUUUCUUCACUAUAUUCAAUACAGAGAUAUGAACAGGCCACGUGCUCUCUGUAUAGACGAGGAUGAUAACCUGUAUGUCGGAGAAUGGUCUUCUGAAGAAAUCAAAGUCCUCUCACGCCAAUGAUGUAAAGAAAAAAAAAAGAAUUUUUAUAAGAAGGUGGUUGACGUUAUUAAUAUACG